AUGGCGCGCUCAAUCAACCAAGGCCACAAGCGCCUCUAUGCGCUCGUCGCCCUCCUACCCUUUUGGCUCAGCUUUGCCGCUCUCGCCGUUUCUCCAGUCGUGAAUGCUCACCUCGUCGACGGACUCGCUGCUCGUCCUCAGGAUCCGUCUCGCAAAUCGCUCGCUUGGGGCCCCGAACAUGCCCACAAAGUCUUUGCCGGCCUCGACGCCAACAACGACGCUGCUCUCUCCAAGCGAAGCGUUGACUCAUCCCGCAAGCAUGCCUACGCAGCUGCUCUCCACUACGUCAACGCAGAGCAAGGUCCCAAGAACCCCUACUCGGUCGCCACCCGCCUCGCAAAGCACCUCCUCGGCUAUACCGACGGCCUCGCUCCCUCGGGUCACGAUUUCUACGUCCGUCCCGAUUCUUACACCGAUCCUUCAAGCGGCAUCUCGCACUACUUUAUUCGUCAGCUCGUCAAUGGUCUAGAGGUCGCUGAUGGUGACCUCAACAUCAACAUCUCGCCCGAGGGCAAGAUCCUCUCGUUCGGCUCCACCCUCUUUGCCGGCCAGGCUCCUCCUCCCUUCACCAACCAGGGUGUCGCUGCCUCCGAAGCAGCUUCCGAUGGUCAGAUCGAGCACAGAUGCGAUCAGCUUCGCUCCAAGCUCGAAUCUCUCCUCUUCCCUCGGGUUUCCCCCGCAGAUUACGCCGAAUCUCGCGGUGCCAGCAACGAAGCUUACGUCCGCGGCGGCGUCCACCAAUUCGUCUUUGACAGUCUUUCCAGUCCCGCCCCCGAGCAUGCUGCGCACCGUGCUGACGUAGAUCCGGCCACCGUGCUGCCCCUUCAGGAGGAGCUCCACGAGCUCUGCAGCGUCCCCUCUGACGACUCCCUUCUCCAAGGUGCCGACCUCCACUCUCGCAUCGCUGGCUCCUUCUCGCACGUCUACGCGAAGCGCGAUGUCCACGGUCCCGAGACCAUUGUCGACCCUCGUCUGGCUCUGGUCUACUUCCUCAAGCAGGCCACUCCCGACGAGGGCCUCGCAGCACGCCUCUCCGAUCCGCGCGCCGCUGAGAGCGAGGCCGCUCAGAUCUUCACCACAUUCGAGCACAAACUCCAGCCCCACGCAGGAAAGACCGACUCGGGUGCUCAGGCGUCCCACACUCAGAUCGAGUACCUCCACAACGUCCCCACUGCCAAGGGACCCGUGCCUGCUCAGCUCGCUUAUGUGCAGUCCGAGGGUGAGGGUCUCAACCUCGUAUGGAAGUUCCAGAUCCCCCUGGAAGACAACGCCUACGAGGCCUACGCUGACGCCCACCGUCCCGGUAGUAUCAGCACCGUCGUCGACUGGGUGCACAGCAUGCCCCGUCCUCGCGCAAACAAGGCCGUCAAGCCUGCCAAGAUUGCUUCGCUCGGUCGUCCCCAAUUCGACGCUCCAGAGCUGCCCGAGCUUGGACGUCCCGACUUUUCCGGCUACGCCCCCGCCACGGCGUCCAAGCCCUCCAUGGUCGAUGCUCCGCUGCCCAUGAGCCACGAGCCUAUGUACCGUGUCUUCAAAUGGGGUCUCAACGAUCCCACUGAGGGAAAGCGAUCCAACGAAAAGGGUGAGCGCUACGAAGAGGCUUCUCCCGUCGGCUGGCACACCGUGCCCGGCAAACAGUCGCCUUUCUCGCUGCUCGACGCCGACGACGCCCGCUCGGUCGUUGGCAACAACACCGUCUACACCGACACGCGAGGCAACAACGUUUUUGCUCAAGCUGACCCGACGGGCAGCGGCGAAUGGAAGUCGAGCUCGCUCAAGCGCCCCAAGGGCCGCGUCAGCGAUGACAAGACGACCGACAUGAUGUUCAACUACCCUUACAAGUGGCGCAAGUCGGAGAAGAAGCACUCGGAACUGCCUCCCGCUGACUACGUCGCUGCUGCUACGGUUCAGCUCUUUGUCACGAUCAACGAGUACCACGACUUGCUCUACGCCUACGGCUUCGAUGAGGCCUCGGGCAACUUCCAGGAGCACAACUUUGGCCGUGGCGGCGAAGCCAACGACGGCGUCAUCGCUUUUGCCCAGGACGGUGCUGGCACAGACAACGCCGACUUUAUGACGCCUCCCGAUGGCCAGCGCGGCAGGAUGCGCAUGUAUGUGUGGGACCAAUCGACGCCGUACCGCGAUGGCGACUUUGAGGCCGGCAUCGUCAUUCACGAGUACAGCCACGGUCUGUCGACGCGUCUGACGGGAGGACCUGCCAACAGCGGCUGCCUCGGAUGGGGCGAGUCGGGAGGUAUGGGUGAAGGAUGGGGUGACGCACUGGCCUCGAUCAUCCGUCGAACCGGAGCUGCGCCGCACGACUGGCCUAUGGGAUCGUGGGCUUCGAACCGCGCCAAGGGCAUUCGAAACUAUCCUUACUCGACCAACAAGACGAUCAACCCAGAGACCUACUCGUACCUGGACCACGCCGGAUACUGGGGCGUGCACGCGAUCGGCGAGGUGUGGGCCACCAUGUUAAACGAGGUGGAGGAAGCGCUGGUGCUUGAGCACGGCUUCACCAAGCAACUGUUCCCUCCUGCCACCAACGCGACCGCCGAGGAGCAACGAGCCUUUUUCCUCGACGAAGGCGAGGCGGCUUCGCUGGGUAAGCACCGAGUGAGCAAGCGACGUGUGCCUCGACACGGCAACUCGCUGUUGGUGCAGCUCAUCUUGGACGGCAUGAAGCUUCAACCGUGCCGUCCGAGCUUCUUUGAUGCACGCGAUGCGAUCGUGCAGGCGGACAAGCAUCUGACGGGUGGACAGAACAAGUGUCUGCUCUGGAAGGCGUUUGCCAAGCGCGGUCUAGGCGCCGAUGCCAGCGUGAUCGGGCGCACGCCUUGGGGUGGAGGAAAGCGUUCGGAUGGCUACGCCGUGCCGAGCGACUGCAAGUCUACCUCGGAGUAG